UGCACUACAUACACGAAUGAGGUUUUUACGGGAAGUGACAUUGGCUUCUAUAGCCACACGUGUUAUUUUGCAGCCGCAGCCACUCUUUUGGGGAUCGAGCUUCGACCAACGUGCGUGUUACCACUAGGUCUUGCGUCUAGGCAAAUGCUCCGUGAUCUAGGCGUGCACAGCAGUUCAGCUUCUUCAUUCCUGCUUUCUGCAAUCGUAGUCAGGCCAGAAGUCGACUGUAAUGCACGACCGAUUUCAUGUACGCCUUAUGGAUGUUAUUACUGGCUAGGCUAGGAAGAAGUCUCAUUGUGCUGAAGCCUGAACUGCGGAUUUCUUGAGUGCUGCAACCUGCAGUACAAAGUUGAAAGUCAUGAAUAUGUAAAUUACAUGAAGCCGAAGGCCCAAGUGACACACUAAACCUACAUGUAAUCAAGUUAGGCCUAAUGUUUUACUUGUAAGCGCUGCUCCAUCAUGCCAACAGUGAUUCUCUUAGAUGUCUCGCUUUCGAUGACGCGACCUGUAGCGGCAGCCGAGGGCGGCGGUGAGGCGAUCACCCGGCGGCAGCUGGCCGAGGCAGGGCUCAGUGCCCUGUUCGACUUUGUGGCGGCCAAUGACAAGCUGGAGUUCACGGCACUGGUCAUCUUUUCCUCCCUGUGGGAGGUAGUGGUGCCGUUCACCCGAGACUACAAUGAACUCAAAAAAGCAUUGUAUUCUGUGGAGAUAUUUGACAAAACCAACCUGGAAGGGACACUGGAUGGCGUCAGAAGUGUUGUGGGGGAGGAAUGGGGGGUGACCACAACCUGUCAGGUGAUAUUGGUUACAGAUGGCAGUCCAGGCGUGGGCCCAGGAUCCCUGAAGCAAGUCGCCCAGAUGCUGUCCAACCCCAAACCGGAUGACCCACCCUUCCAUUUGCCUUUCGAGUUCCCCAACAGCUUGGAAGUGGUGCUGCUGGCCAGCCCCGCUGAGCUCCAGCAGUGGGACUCCCGGGCCCUGUAUCAGAAACUCCUGGACGCUAAUCGGCAGAAGGGCAAGAUCCACGUGGUGGAGGGUGCCCUGACCCCGAAGUCGGCCCAGCUGAUGUUCAGCAGGCUAGCCGAAGAGCACUACUCUGCAUUCCGCGCCAGGCUCCAGUGUGGCCACCUGAGCUCGGAGGUGCAGCUUUUCCCCCCGCCGCGGACGGUCAGCAUGGCACGCGACUUCGAGAUGGUGACCCAGACAGUGUCGUCGGAGCUCAACAUCUGCGGUUUCUUAGACUGUGCCGAUGUGUCGAGCCCGCCCGUAAUGUCCAGGCAUCUCGUUCUCCCGCUGGCCACGAAAGAAAAGAGUCACGCCGGCUCGGGAGAAGGCGGAGCAGAAGGUGCGGACAAGACAGACGACAAGGACAGCGGCCCCACGUCUUCUGAAAUAGGCUCCACCCCUUCCUUUUGUGUGCUCCUACAUGGCAGCUUGAAAAUUGAGAACCUGGUAGCGCUUGUUAAUGUUGGUGAAAAUUGGUACGGGCUGCUUCACUCUUGCGCCGACAGCAAGAAGAAAUCCAACCUGAUGAUGUCACUGUUCGAACCAGGUGACAAGGCCAUCCCAUGGCUUGGCAGGUUCCAUCUGCUGGGACCGUGCUCAGCAUUUGCCAACGAUCCUUAUGGAGAAGAUUCCGCCAGCACCAAGAGUCCCUUCCCAGUUCGCCUGCAAGAGAAAAGGAGUUACUCCCAGAAUCCUGUUGUGUGGAUCAAACCUACUUCACUGCAAGCUGACAUUCAAAAGAUUCUGCGUUAUGCGAGAAAGUUGCCUGAAAAGACGCAAGUUUUCUACAAGGAGUUGAACCGACUGCGGCGUGCGGCCCUAGCCCUGGGAAUGACAGAGCUGCUGUCUGGCAUGUCCAUGAUGCUGGAGAGGGAGUGUACCAUCCUGCCCUGGACUGCCCACCCCGAUGCGGCCAUGCAGCUGACCCACGCCGCCAAAAUGAUCACCAGCGCCAUGGACAAGGGCUACGACUACAGCAUCAUCCCUCUGUCCACCAACUUUGCCUCGGACAGCUGAACUAGUUAGCCGUAAAGACUGAGUCUGAAGAGAAAAUGGAAGACAGCAGAGUGCCGCCAAAUGCCUAAACUGUGACACGCCAGAAUAAAUUCUGACCAAGACUAGUCCAACCCGGUCCUAGUGGCUCCUGGCAAGGUGUUGUCUUAGUUUAGAAGAAUCAAGGACACCCUUAUAAGUUCACCAUGCUGUUCAGUGUGUAUUUUUGUAUCCAUCCAAGACACCAUCCUAGUUGACUGUCAUUUAUUAACAGUUGGCUACAAAAUUGUAGCCUAUGAGAUCCUACCAGCUCCAGACAAAGUAUCUACCCUUUUUGGACCCAAGAGGGGGCAUAAUUUUCCUAUCAGUGGAGGCGCCUUCUUUGGAAACUGCACUUGGCUGGUUCAUGAACGACUAUGAAUGCAAGCCUCUUUCCAACUGAUGAGAGAGAUGCUUCUGCUCCUGGCAGAUUGGGAAAAUUGAGACACGCAUGCUGUCCAGUUGUUAUGUUUAAUAUCCAUGUAAAUAGGGGAUGGUGGCCUCACUGUCUCUGACUCUUUUACUGUUGAGGAUGACAGAGUCUUGGUGACCAAGGCUGGAGUGGCUUCUGGUGAGUUGCUGAGGUUUAUGAGAGGAAUCAAAGCACUAUUUCAUAGAUUCCAUAUAAUGGAAGGUAUCUGCACCAAGCGGAACAAAAGAGGGCGUGUUUAUACAUACCGCAUAGGCGCGCCAUAUGCGCAUUUGACACAGAGCUCGCCGAGUAGGCGUAACUAAUUUCUUCCAGCAUGUAUGGUCUUUGCACACAAGCAGAACGUGUGCGAGAACCCGCUUUUAACCACCUGUCUUUCUUUUUGCCGAUUGGGGGUGCACUUCAGCUUGGGACGGAUAGUCUGUCAUUUGCGGCUAUCCAAAAAGUAACUGAUGCAAUUGUUGCUGAAAAGCUUUCUUGGUUAAUGAUGGUUAUGGGACUAAAGUCGUGUGAAAUUAGUCUUUCUGGCAAGCUGUCAUUUUGAAGAAAACAAUGAAAGGCAAUUUCUAAUGAUAGGUCUAAAGGCGCAUGUUGGAAAUUUGCCAAUAGAAGUGUGCCAGCGUUGACCGGACACACCCGUGCCCGACUAUAAUUUGUUUGUUCUGUGCUGACAUUGUACAGCUGCGUGCAAGUGAACGUAAGAAUGUGUCCCAGAUGACUGAUUUCAGAAUUUCAGAUGCAGUUCAAAACUUGACUCGGAAUCUUUUGAUCUGCAGUUGAAAUCCUAGAAUAUGGUUUUUCUCAAAGAGUACACAGUCUUCAUUGAGCUGAAAUUCAUCGGGUUUAUUUUUAGGCACCCUUCGUUAGAUUUUCAGAAAUUGUCUUGCCUCAAAGGAACAUAUGGCACAACCAUAUAUAUACAUACCAUGUAUAUGACAGGCUGUACCUUUAAACAUAACAGGAUGAUGCGCUGCUUAAAUACAAUAGCCUUCCGCUCAACAUCAUUAUUACACAUUCCUUCCUUAUCCGGCCUUGCGGCCUCUUAGUCCCUGGCAAAUUGACAAAAUACAAAAUAAUUAUUCCAUGCCUAGGAAACUGGCUGUUUUUUGCCACUUCACGCACACGGUUCACCCCUUUAUAAAACUUGUGCUGUGUGUGCCAGGGAUGGUGUCUUCAGCUUUCCUAGUGCCCCUCUUCUCACUGUUGAGCAGUUGCUCGUUUUGUAGUGCGUAUGUUCUAAUUGAAGUUCAUGACCCGAUUCAGGUAGCAUGGGGGAGGGGAAUGAUUAUCAAAAACUGAAGGCUCUGCAUGGAUUGGGAGAGGAAUCCUUUGGCAUUUCGCGUGUCGCUUUGACGUGUCAAAGACUGUUUUUCCUGUCGAUAACGAUCAAGGUAGAUUGACGCUACAUGUUUAAAAGUCAGAAUACCACCUUUUACAAAAUGAGGCCUGGCGAUGUUUGGACUACAUCUUAGACAAACUUGCACUUCCCAAUCAAUUGUCAAAUGUGUAGACUCAUUAGGAAAAGCGAAGACAGCGUAUCUGGAGUUUUGUCUGAAGAACAUCCUUUAAUUCAUAUCAGCACGUAGUUUUACUUCGGUCCACAUGGGUUCCCCAAAAGAAGAUUACAUUAUUUGUAAUAAACCACCUUUGUAUCACACGGAUAGUGGA